UAAAAGAACACCGCGGCUAUUCCCAUGACGUCAUCAGGCUGUCCCGGCGUGAAAGUGCAGUGACAUCUUCAAAUAUGCAGAAAUAUGAGAAAUUGGAGAAAAUCGGAGAAGGUACAUACGGAACAGUGUUCAAGGCCAAGAACAAGGAGACCCACGAGAUCGUCGCUCUGAAGAGGGUCCGACUGGACGAUGAUGAUGAGGGAGUUCCAAGUUCUGCCCUGAGGGAGAUCUGUCUACUGAAGGAGCUGAAGCACAAGAACAUCGUCAGACUACACGAUGUCCUUCACAGUGAGAAGAAGCUGACCUUGGUGUUCGAGUAUUGUGAUCAGGACUUAAAGAAGUAUUUUGACAGCUGCAGUGGAGACAUUGAUCCAGAAACAGUCAAGUCGUUUAUGUACCAGUUGUUGCGAGGCCUGGCGUUUUGCCACAGUCACAACGUCCUUCAUCGUGACCUGAAGCCUCAGAAUCUGCUCAUCAACAAGAACGGGGAGCUGAAACUUGCUGACUUUGGACUGGCUCGAGCCUUCGGCAUUCCGGUUAGAUGUUACUCCGCUGAGGUCGUGACCCUGUGGUACCGCCCACCUGAUGUGUUGUUUGGGGCCAAGCUGUACUCCACCUCCAUAGACAUGUGGUCAGCUGGGUGUAUAUUUGCAGAGCUCGCUAACGCCGGCAGACCGCUGUUCCCUGGGAAUGACGUAGACGAUCAACUGAAGAGGAUAUUCAGAUUGUUGGGGACUCCCACAGAAGACACCUGGCCUGGCAUGUCCAGACUCCCCGAUUACAAGCCGUUUCCUAUUUACCAAGUCACGACGUCGUUAGCUGUGGUCGUCCCCAAGCUGUGUCCCAAGGGAAGAGACUUGUUACAGCGGCUGCUGGUGUGUAACCCCGCCCACCGGCUCUCGGCUGACGAGGGGUUAAACCACCCGUAUUUCAACGACCUCAGCUCCGCCGUCAGAACAGGGUAACCACGGAGACCACGGAAUUGCUGCGAUGAUCAAAAAUAUGUACUUUCAUGUUGCUAUGGUAACACAAAUCUGAUUAGUAGUUUCUUUGAAACUUUCAAAAUUGUAGUUUUUGCAUCAAAGGAAAAUCUGUAUCUGCUCAAAAGAGGUUUGCAUAAUGGACCAUUGUGGCAGCAGGUUGACAUUUUUUUACUUGAUUUGAGUCAUAAGAAAAUUAUAUGGAAGUAAUUAAGCCUGGUUACCAGACCUUUUAUAGCUCCUGACUCCCGAGUCCUACAUCCUCUCCACAAAUAUCAGAGAGAAUGUAGGACUCGGGAGCUAUAAUAGGUUUGGUAACCAUUGAAGUAACUAAUAUAGAUGAAAAGCAACUAAUGAGAUUUUUGUGACCACAUAGACACAUUCCUGUUUUGUAUUCACCUGUUAGCAGAAUGAUUGACACCUUUCAGAAAUGAUUGACAUGUGGUAAGUCAUGAAGAUGCAGACAGGUGUGAACUUUUGUUUUGCAAAACAGACGAACAAUCCUGUAAAAGUCAGAAUCCAUUAAGCACUGGACACCUCAGAUUUGCCAAGUCAUGUCUGAAACUCCCCACACCUUCAGUUCUGUCAUUAUGUAAAUACAGGGCUUGAAAUUCAUGUUUUAGACUAGCUGCUCUGGUGCGCCAGACCAAAACACCUAGGUACACAGAAGAAAAAUUGGGUGCACAACAAGAAAUCAAGUAGAAUGUCAGCAAAACUAAAUUACAAACUCUCUUCAGAGCUUGAGUCUGAAAGUGUAUAGCUAGCUUCAAACUUUUGAACUAGUAAAGCAACAAAGAUUUUUCUUACAUUCAAAUAUCAAGAAUAUGCUGUGUAUCUGUACUGGUGUAAAACGGUACCUUUACAUGUGUACCUUACAUUAAUACAUGUAUCUAUAGGUGCACUGGUGCAUCCACAGUUAGAAUUAGGUGCACAGCUCCAAUUUGGGGUGCACAGAAGUGCAUAUUUACAGUGUUUCCAGCCCUGGAAUGGACUACAGUUUUUUCAGUGUCUUCCCAAACCUACAGACCAGGGCUGAUGUUACUGAUGAAAUAACAGUGAUAAUGUGGGAUAGAUAUCUCCAAUCAGUACAAUCUGAGCACUGGAAAAAGGCAGCGGACGAAAUGUUGAAAUACAUGGACAAUUCUGGGUUUUCGGGCACAUGUUGUGUUUUGAAGGGACUGGGAAAAUUUAGUGGAUGAAAUGUCAAAAUUAAAGGACAAUUCUGUGGAAUCAGGCGAAUGUUGAGUUUUGAAAGGUAGAUCAGUAAGAAUCAGAAUCAAAAAUGAUAUUUUACUCUGUACAAGUAUUUUUACUUUGCCGACUUGAUGUUGGCCUUGUAAAUGUCAUUUUUAUAAAAUCAUACUUUUCCUUUCUCUUUUGCUCCCUCUGUCCUGUCAUGUUCAUUCUUUAAUCCUUCUUUUCUUCCUUCCUUUCUCCUAGUUCUGUAAACUUCUGACUUUACUCUGUGCAAUAACAGCCAUGAUUUAAUGUUAGUCCAGUCAAGGAGGUUUAAAAUCAACCUUCUUGGUCCAGUGAAAAAAAAAGAGAAAAACAACUUGUAGAUUACGUAGUUCUGUUCCAGUCUGUGGAGAAGAGACUGAAAU